AUGGUGUCGUCGCUUCCGCUCUCAAGGUUACAACCCUUAACAGGGCCAACAAAGAGACACGGAAGUUCCCAACACAACCCUUACGUAGACCCUCUUCCGGUUCCUCCAAACCCUACCUUCCUGCCAUUCAAGAUUCAGCAUAUAUUCUAUAAUACUAUACAACGACUUCUGGAGGAGGCUUGUUUCUAUUUCGCAGAACGCCAUUGUCCAGAUCUACUUCGCGCUCAAGGAUGGGACACUCCUGAAGCUGGAGAGUUCAAUCAAUGGUGGGGCGUGAUCAGAGGGUCGAGGAUUCCAGCACAUUUUGUGAAAGUAAGCCCUGGUCUGAAUAUGAAUGCGCUGUUUACUCGGUUACAUACAGUUCGGCAUUCUGCUGUACACAGGCUUCAGACUGAGAUGGAAGGCUUGAAGUAUAUGAUCGAAGAUGCUGUGACGCUUGCCUCCGUACUUCGUGAUGAUCUUAGACGGAACAAGUUGAGGUCAAUCGAGCUGGAGCUGCAUGGAGGUGAUUUGGAUAAGCUACAGAAUAUUAUCGAAAAGCCUUUGAACGAAUUCGCGGAUUUCAAGUUCCCAGGACGCUCACUUGCACCGAGAUAUGUGCAGACAAUUGAGGUGUCGCAAAGGUCAUACCGAUCUAGAAGCAACGAAAGGACUACGCAAAUAAGGCGAAGAAGCCAAUCUCCUCGCGCUUGUCGCAGCAAAGAUACGCAGCCUUCUGUCACGAGGAAACCGAAGAGAGUAUCAAAGUCGCUUCCAGCAGGAUCUUUCACGAUUGACCUGACAGCACUUUCGGACGAGGAAGAUCAAGAGAAGACUAAUAGCAGCAGUAAAGACCAGAUAAUUGACUUGACGAGCGACACCGAGGAUGAACGGCCGAAGAAUACAACAGUGCGGAAGCUCCUCACACGCGCAACCCUCCCAGCUCAGACAAGCUCGACGACGUUGCCACCUCAACUGCCUGUAAAACGAGACGAUCGUGAAAUUCUGUCCGUUACAGACCAGAAUAUACCACCAGCACCAACAACAACCCAGAAAAAUCCUUUCGCGGGCGUUCUUGAGCAAGGUCUAAAACAAGCCAUCGAAGAUCGCGAACUGCUGUCCGUCACAGAUCAAAAUGUACCACCGGUACCUUUCGUACCAUCAACCGAGAAACGUCCUUUCGCAAGCCUCAUCGAGCAAGGUCUAAAGCAAGCCAUUGAAGACCAGAAAACUAUUGAUACUCUUCACGAAAACUCGUCCUCAGGUUCAGACGUACAUCAAGCACUUUCAUUUGGCCAUGACUUUAUAAACCUGAAUUAA